UUGGCUAACUGCAGAAGGUCACAGGGGCAGGCUCCUGGUUGCUUCCUGUCUGCACGGAAACAUCUUUAUGGAUUAUUUCACUACAACCCCAUGAUGCUUGGAGUUGAAUCACUUCCCGACCCCAUGGAUACCUGGGAGAUUAUAGAGACCAUUGGUAAGGGCACCUACGGCAAGGUCUACAAAGUAACCAACAAGAGAGAUGGGAGUCUGGCUGCAGUGAAAAUUCUGGACCCCAUCAGUGAUAUGGAUGAAGAAAUUGAGGCAGAAUACAAUAUUCUGCAAUUUCUUCCCAAUCAUCCCAAUGUUGUAAAGUUUUAUGGGAUGUUUUACAGAGCGGAUCGCUAUGUGGGUGGACAGCUGUGGCUGGUGCUGGAGCUGUGCAAUGGGGGCUCUGUCACUGACCUUGUGAAAGGCCUGCUCAGGAGUGGCCAGCGGUUGGACGAAGCAGUGAUCUCUUACAUCUUGUAUGGAGCCCUCUUGGGCCUUCAACAUUUGCACAACAACCGAAUCAUCCACCGUGAUGUGAAGGGGAAUAACAUUCUUCUGACAACAGAAGGAGGAGUUAAGCUCGUUGACUUUGGAGUCUCAGCUCAGCUCACCAGCACACGCCUGCGGAGGAACACAUCAGUUGGUACCCCAUUCUGGAUGGCCCCCGAGGUCAUUGCUUGUGAGCAGCAGUAUGACUCUUCCUAUGAUGCUCGCUGUGACGUCUGGUCCUUGGGGAUCACCGCCAUUGAACUGGGGGACGGAGACCCGCCCCUCUUUGACAUGCAUCCUGUGAAAACGCUCUUCAAGAUUCCAAGAAAUCCUCCACCUACUUUACUGCAUCCAGAAAACUGGUGCGAGGAAUUCAACCACUUUAUUGCACAGUGUCUUAUUAAGGAUUUCGAAAAGCGGCCUUCGGUCACACAGCUCCUGGACCACCCGUUUAUUAAAGAAGCUCACGGAAAGGUUAUGCUUCUGCAAAAACAGCUGGCCACAGUGCUUCAAGACCAGAAGCAUCUGAACCCUGUUGCUAAAACCAGGCAUGAAAGGAUGCAUACCGGAAGACCCUAUCGUGUGGAAAAUGCUGAAAAAUACUGCCUUGAGGAUGAUUUGGUCAAUCUAGAGGUCCUAAAUGAGGAUACAAUUCUUCAUCAGCUGCAGAAGCGCUAUGCAGACUUGCUGAUUUACACCUAUGUUGGGGACAUCCUAAUAGCCUUAAACCCCUUCCAGAAUCUCAGCAUAUAUUCCCCACAGUUUUCCAGGCUGUACCAUGGGGUGAGGCGUGCCUCCAAUCCCCCUCACAUAUUUGCCUCGGCAGAUGCUGCUUACCAGUGCUUGGUUACUUUCAGCAAAGACCAGUGCAUUGUCAUCAGCGGAGAAAGUGGCUCGGGGAAGACAGAAAGCGCCCACCUGAUUGUUCAGCAUCUGACUUUCUUGGGAAAGGCCAACAAUCAGACCUUGCGAGAGAAAAUUCUCCAAGUCAACUCCCUGGUAGAGGCCUUUGGGAAUGCAUCUACGGCGAUCAACGACAACUCGAGCCGCUUUGGAAAAUAUCUGGAAAUGAUGUUUACGCCAACCGGAGCUGUGAUGGGGGCAAGAAUCUCUGAAUAUCUCCUUGAAAAAUCCAGAGUCAUAAAACAGGCGGCGGGAGAGAAAAAUUUUCACAUAUUUUACUAUAUUUAUGCUGGUCUUUAUCACCAAGAGAAACUUUCUGAAUUCAGACUUCCUGAGGAAAAGCCUCCUAGGUACAUAGCUGAUGGCACCGAGAGAGUCAUGCAGGACAUAACUUCCAAGGAGUCUUACAGAAGACAGUUCGAAGCAAUUCAGCAUUGCUUCAGGAUUAUCGGGUUCACUGAGAAGGAAGUCCAGUCAGUGUACAGAAUUCUGGCUGGGAUUCUGAACAUUGGAAACGUUGAGUUUGCAGCUAUUUCCUCUCAACACCAAACUGAUAAGAGUGAGGUGCCGAAUGCAGAAGCCUUGGAAAAUGCUGCCUUUGUCCUCUGCAUCAGCCCUGAAGAGCUGCAGGAGGCCCUCACGUCCCACUGUGUGGUCACCAGGGGUGAGACCAUCGUGCGUGCCAACACUGUGGACAGGGCUGCGGACGUCCGGGACGCCAUGUCCAAAGCUCUGUAUGGGAGGCUGUUCAGCUGGAUUGUGAACCGCAUCAACACACUCCUGCAGCCCGACAGAAACAUAUGUAAUGCAGACCAAGGAAUGAAUGUGGGGAUCUUGGAUAUUUUUGGAUUUGAGAAUUUUCAAAGAAAUUCCUUUGAGCAGCUCUGCAUAAACAUUGCCAAUGAGCAAAUCCAGUACUAUUUCAAUCAGCAUGUGUUUGCUCUAGAGCAGAUGGAAUAUCAGAAUGAAGGUAUCAAUGCCAUCCCUGUGGAGUAUGAGGACAAUCGGCCACUGCUGGACAUGUUCCUCCAGAAACCCUUGGGCCUGCUUGCACUCUUGGAUGAGGAAAGUCGGUUUCCCCAAGCGACAGACCAGACCCUGGUUGAUAAAUUUGAAGAUAAUCUCCGAUGCAAAUACUUCUGGAGGCCCAAAGGAGUGGAGCUGUGCUUCGGAAUUCAGCACUACGCCGGAAAGGUAUUAUAUGACGCUUCUGGGGUUCUUGAGAAAAACAGAGACACCCUCCCUGCUGAUGUGGUUGUAGUCCUGAGAACGUCAGAAAACAAGCUUCUUCAGCAACUCUUCACAAUCCCUUUGACCAAGACAGGCAAUUUGGCCCAGACAAAAGCCAGGAUAUCAGCAGCCUCCAGAUCUUUGCCUCCACAUUUCAGUGCUGGGAGAGCCAAGGUGGACACCCUGGAGGUGAUACGGCACCCAGAAGAAACCACCAGCAUGAAGAGGCAGACCAUGGCUUCUUACUUCCGGUACUCUCUGAUGGACCUGCUCUCCAAAAUGGUGGUUGGACAGCCUCACUUUGUGCGUUGCAUUAAACCCAAUGACAGCCGAGAGGCCCUGAAGUUCUGCCGAGAGAGGGUCCUCGUCCAACUGCGCUCCACCGGCAUUCUGGAGACCGUCAACAUCCGCCAGCAAGGCUAUUCCCACCGCAUCCUCUUUGAAGAGUUCGUGAAAAGGUAUUAUUACUUGGCAUUCAAAGCACAUCAAACACCUCCUGCUAGCAAAGAGAGCUGUGUUGCUAUCUUGGAAAAAUCCAGAUUAGAUCGCUGGGUGCUGGGGAAAACAAAGGUUUUUCUCAAAUAUUACCAUGUUGAACAAUUAAAUUUGCUACUGCGAGAGGUCAUGGGAAGAGUGGUCGUGCUGCAGGCAUACACCAAGGGGUGGCUUGGAGCCAGGAGAUAUAAACGAGUCAGAGAGAAGAGAGAGAAGGGCGCCAUUACCAUCCAGUCGGCCUGGAGAAGAUAUGAUGCUCAGAGGAAAUUUAAGAAAAUAAGCAACAGAAGGAGUGAGUCUGCUGUUUAUAUUCAAGCAGUGUUGAAACCCUCUACUGACCAGGGAAGCUGUCCAGAAGCUGAAGCCAACAAUGGCCAUGCUGACUCUUCAAGCACCUUUCCCGCUGUCACUGAGAAAAAUCGGCAUUUACAAGCCCGGAGUUCUCCAAGAGAGUGCGAUGUCUUCGCAGGACAUGUACAUAAGCACUCACUUGCCAGGACUGAUGCACCGUCUCCUCAGACAGGUCACGCUGCCCCAGAUCCCCACGGAUUGAGCCCCUGGGAAGGCCCUUGUAAACCUGAUUCCGAGGACAGGCUUGCACGGAAGCAGCGGACACCUCGCCGACGAUGUCAGCAGCCCAAAAUGUUGAGUAGCCCUGAGGACACUAUGUACUAUAACCAGUUAAAUGGAACUCUAGAAUAUCAAGGGAGCAAGAGGAAGCCAAGAAAACUUGGCCAAAUCAAAGUUCUGGAUGGGGAAGACGAAUAUUACAGAUCUCUCUCCCCUGUGGCCUGUGUCCCCGAGGAGGGCAGCACAGCCCAGCAUUUCUUUUUUAACUCAUCCUCCAAAGGAGAUUCUUUUGCUCAGCACUGAGUUAUGCUUCCUGGCCUCAGGUCUGUCCAAGUCCACACAGAAUCUCCCCAGCAGAAUCCAGGGACCCCUUUCCUGCUGUCUUCUCCACCCUCUCCUGGGCCUGGGCUUGACCUCCACCUCCCCCUUGGCCUGAGUGGACACCGUCACUGAGCACACUUGCAUGAUAGGAGUAAGAAGGAAGGAAAGUUGGUGCUUAUGCAAGUCCAGGCCACAUGAGGCUGUGAGUGGCUUCCAGGGAAGGCUUUGCUCCUGUCCAUCUUUGUGUGCACAGAACCUAGCACAGGGCCUGGCAGGGUGGGAGGGGGGCAUCCAGUAUAUGUGGGAUAAAUAGAGAGGCAUCACCUAGUUAUAGACACCUCUGACAGGACAGUGACUUUCAAUUAUAGGUCCUAAGUGAAUAAUUUUUUUCUUAUGUCAUCAAACUGGACUUUUCACUGAAGGUUGAGGUGGUCCUAUCAUAAUGAUAUUACGUAGUGCUCGAUAUGAUUCAAUACAACAAGCUUUUCUGAGCAGCUACUCUAUGUAAAACAAUAGUUAAGAUUACUGUUUGCUAUUGAUUUUUAAAAUUCUUGUAAGAUCCUUUCUUCAGAACAGAUGUUAAUUUUUUUAUACCCUACAAUAUUUAACAGAUAGUGUGCAUGGAAAUACUUGCAUUUUAAGAAAAAUAUCUUUUAGCAUAUAGAAAAAUAUUGUUUACAGAGUUUUGAAAGAGAAGGCAUUAAUAAACAUUUUAUGAACAGAAGGAUAAUGUUAGAUAAGGAUCUCAGAGAUUAUGAUUUUAUCAGAAAAAUAAUUGUAGCCUAUUUUUAAGUAAGUUACAUGAAUCUUAGUAAAAGAUUAAGCUUGGGGCUUUUCCAGAUUUUCACUCAGAAGUAAUGUUUAUAAAGUAUGCAAGUACAGCAAAAGAAAGAAACAAAAAACUUUACAUUAUCAUUCAAGAAAUAGUACCUGGGGCCUCAGAUGUAGCUCAGCAGUAGAAUACUUGCCUAGCGUGUGCUAGGCCAGAGGUCUCACCUCCAGAACUGCAACAAAGAGCAGCAGAGAGGGAAGAGGGAGAAGCAGAGACAGAGGGACUCAGGGUGGGCGAGAGAAGGGGAGAGGAAAAGGGAGAGGUAUAUAGUAGCCUAAAUAUGUACAGAUUUUAAAUCAGUGAUAUAUAAGUGCUUAUGGAAAUUUCACUUCUAACAUUGAUUAGUCUACUUUUAAUAUUAGCUGCUUUACAAACUAUUAAGCAAGAAUGAUCAUAACUUUCUGCUUGUCCAUGUACAAUGUAAUUGUAAACCUGCCUUGUUUCUGAUUAAAAUCUAUUAACACAGUUAAAAUGGAAAUAGAAGUUAUCACAAAAUCACACUUCAGAAGUUCUAUAAGAAUUAGUGAUAGGGCUCUAACUCCUGACAGUACUUUUGAAACAGUGGCCACCAUCCACUGCAGCAUAGACAAGACAGAUUGUACAUAUUAUUCUUCAACUAUUUAUAAUAUCACAAAAUGAAAAGGCAAUUCUUAGCUGGGCAUGUGGUGCACACCUGCAAUUCCAGCUACUACGGAGGCUGAAGCAGGAGGAUCACACUUUUAGGGACAGCUUGGACAAUCUAGUAGGACCCUGCCUCAAAUUGUUUUUAAUUUUUCUUUACAAAGGCUGAAGCUAUAGCUCAGAGUAUUUGCCUACUUCGUGUGAGAUCCUGGGUUCAGUCCCUAGUACCAUACACAAAAAGAAAAGAUUCUUAAAUUGAGUACAUGAGACCACUUUGAUUUAGCUAAAUUAUUUUUUAAUUUGGAGAAACAUGUUUUAUAUUGUUAGUGAGAUGUGUUACAAAUAUUUUCCCCAGUAGAUAACUAGUCCUUUCAUUCAUUCUGUUAUCUUUGGCUUUUAAAAAUGUAAUUUUAAUAAAGUAUAAUUCAUAAAUCUUUUACAUUUUGACUAAUAUU